ACCCUGAAGUUUGUCUCUUAACAAAUUUCGCAAAUGAAGCGUCGGUCUUAAUAAAAAUCGCACCAAUGAUAGCGAGGUAUUAUUUGUAACAUAAGGGAAAUGAAAACGUCAAACUUUGGAAACAGUACAAUUGUCCAUGUGUCAACUCAUAGAACCGGUUAUCUAAAGGACACCUGCUAACCUCUCAGGGUGUGCCGUGCCUUUUUUCGAUUGUCAUUCAAUAAUCAUAUUUUAUGCUUGCUGCCAGAAUGACUAAUUUACGAAAAUUUAUAGAUAUCGGAGCAAAUCUAACCGAUCCUAUGUAUCAAGGAAUUUAUUACGGUUCACAGAAACAUCAACCGGAUUUAGAUAAAGUUUUAGAGCGUAGUUGGGACAAUAAUCUUUCCAGAAUUAUUAUUACUGCGGGUAAUAUGGAGGAAUGUAAAAAAGCUUUAGAAAUAGCUAAAACAGAUGAAAGAUUAUUUUCAACUGUUGGUUGUCAUCCAACUAAUUGUAAUGAAUUUGAGGAGUAUGAAAAUCCAGAGGACUAUCUUAAAUCAUUGUCAGAUCUAGCAAUGGAAAAUAAGGACAAAGUAGUAGCUAUUGGAGAGAUGGGUUUAGAUUAUGAUAGAUUGCAAUUUUGCUCAAAGGAGAUUCAAAAAAAGUACUUUGAAAUGCAAUUAUCUUUGUGUUCGAUAUUAAAAUUACCAAUGUUUUUACAUUGUCGCAAUGCCAGUGAAGAUUUCGUGCGCAUUUUGAGAAAGCACAAGGAUAAAAUAACUCCUGGUGUAGUGCAUUCUUUUGAUGGCAAUCCAGAAGAGGCUAAUUCUAUUUUACAGUUGGGAUUAUAUAUUGGUAUUAAUGGAUGUUCUCUCAAAACAGAAGAUAAUCUCUUCUCGGUUACUACUAUUCCAUCGGAUAGGCUUAUGAUUGAAACAGAUUGCCCUUGGUGUGAUGUCAGGGCAUCUCAUGCUUCUGCAAAAGAUGUCAUUACUCAUUUUCCUGCUGUUAAAAAAGAGAAAUGGCAACCUAAUCGUAUGGUGAAAGGAAGAAAUGAACCUUGUACAAUAGUUCAAAUACUAGAAGUACUUGCUCGUAUUAGGGAUGAAGAAGAAGAAUAUCUCUGCAACCAAAUAUACAAAAAUACAAUGAAAGUAUUUUUUCCACACGAUUUAUAAAGUGUGUCACAAUGAAUGAGCAUUUGCAUGUUUGUCAAGAAUGUGCUAUUCAUACGCAUUUUAUAUGCGUGCCGUAUUCAUAACGAAUAAUCAGGGAUAUGAAUUGAAAAACUUUUCUGUAAGCAAGAAAAGAGUCUACCAGAGGCAUUUACUGACAGAAAAAAAAAAGAAAACAGAAAAAAAAGACGAGAAACCUCAUUUUUACACGCAUAGCUUUGUGGUUAUCUUUGGAUACCACAUUCCAUUGAUCUCUUCCUACAUAAAACUACGAUAUAAUAAAUAAGCAUAUAUGAGCAAAUUUUUUGAUGUAUUUGGUUUAUUGUAGACUAAAUCUGCAAACUAAAUUCGUCAAAAAAUCUGUUUCCAUGUGCCUACCUAUUCUUGUUAAAAUUAUUGCUAUUGCCAACCACCUUCUAUCAGAUGCACUAUCAUUGAUAUUAUUAUAAUUCUUAUUAGUAUCAUUACUAAUUAAUAUUAUCAUAUUUAUUAAUAAUAAUUGUUUAUUGCUAA